CCAAAUUCCAAAGUCAAUAAUGGCAGCUAGAUAUCUAGAUAGUUCAGCAACCUAACUAAUAAAUCAGAGAUCAGAGUGACCAAGUAACUGAAUUCAGUUCAUUCAUGGCUUCGAAGGAGAUUGAGAAGGAGAUCCCAACAUACAUCACUCUGUACAAAGACGGAACAGUAGAUCGGCCACGACAAACCCCAUACGCGGCACCCUCUCUUGAUGGAACUCCUCAUGUCUCAUCCAAAGACAUAAUCAUCUCACAAAACCCAUCCAUCUCUGCGCGUCUCUACCUUCCAAAACCCCUUCCUCAAACCCACAAACUCCCAAUCUUGGUCUACUUCCAUGGCGGUGGCUUCUUCUUCGAAUCCGCCUUCUCUGAACUCUACCACAACUACUUCAACACCUUCGUCUCUCGACUCCCCGUGCUAGUGGUUUCCGUCGAGUACAGACUCGCCCCGGAGCACUAUCUCCCCGCCGCUUACGAUGAUUGCUUCGCCGCUCUUCAGUGGGUCGCUUCUCACUCCUCUAAUAACACUACUGAGCCAUGGCUGAUCGAUUACGGUGACUUCUCCAGAAUCUUCAUAGGCGGCGACAGUGCUGGUGGCAACAUCGUGCAUAACGUGGCCAUGCGCGCUGGUUCUGAAGCUCUAGAAGAGGGUGGCAAUGUGAAUCUUCUAGGCGCUAUUUAUGUGCACCCUUACUUCUACAGUUCAGAGGCAAUUGGAUCUGAGUCUGUGAGCGAGCAUGAAAAGAGUUUGGGUUAUAUUGUUUGGGAUUUUGUUUACCCGAAUGCGCCAGGUGGAAUCAACAACCCUAUGGUGAAUCCCUUUGCUCCUGGGGCUCCCAGCUUGGCUAGCCUUGGGUGUUCUAAGAUACUAGUGUGUCUCGCUGGCAAUGAUUCCAUAAGGGACAGAGGGGUUUGGUUCUUUGAGGGUCUCAACAAGAGUGGGUGGAAAGGUAAAUCGGAGCUCUUUGAAGAGGCAGGCGAGGACCAUGUUUAUCACAUCUUCCAUCCUGAAACUGAGAAAGCCAAGAAAAUCACAGAUCGCAUGGCUUCUUUUAUUUUAGAUUGAGUAUGUGUAUUUGUAUUUGUAUGAGUAUGUCCAUUCCGCUUCUUUAAUUUUUGUUUGCAUUUUCCCUUUGCUUUCAUUAUUAUCCAUAUGAUCAUGAUGUUGUACUAUUUGGUCCACUAAAGAAUUUCUCAUCAUAUUAAUUUACUAUCUACGUACCAUUA